AUGUACCAGGUACGGGCCCGCGGGAGCCCUCUUCAAGACAGGUACCGGCCGGAACGGCCGCGCCGAUUCCACGGGGAAGUCCCGGGGAGCAUCAUGCCGGAAAAAAGCACAAACAGACGUCCACGAUCGCGAAAGAAGCUCAGGAUCGAAGUCAAGGACGGCUUCGACGGGGUCGAUGGCACCGCGGCUCAGCAGACUGCCGUCGCGCAGGCGGAACAGGCGGAUGAGAAACAGAGGCUCGCCUCGGGUAGCGACGGGGUCGACGGGAUGCCUGCCAACACCCCCGGCGGCGACGUCGCGCCGCGCGAGAAGCUCCUGAUCAGCGAUCUCGCCGGCAAGGACAUCGGGAACUUCGCGCCCAGGCGGCCGCGAUCGGGUUGA